GGUGCAGGAAGAACGCAGCAGUAUCAGCGCACUCCAUCCCGGGGAUCUGAAUGCAUUGGUGGAGAGAACAGGGAAAUAAGAGUUCCAACCAGGUGGACUCUCAAUGUCUUGCAAGCGACACCUAGAAGCAGGUACAGGCAGGAGGCACAGCACCCUGCAACCUCCAGGGGCCUUUGUGCAAAUGUUCAUGUCCUACAAGCACGUGGCGGAGCGCGUCCUGGGAUCAAGGUGCCAUGGACUGGAAAAUGCAGCUCUGGACAUACAGGCUUGGCGGAGUUCCUGUGUGAAGACAAAACUCCCAGUACUCCAGAAACGUGGAGGCAGAAGAGCAGUGACAAGAUGAUGCCUUUGGUGUUCCCUCUCCAGAUGCUCAUCUGGAUCCAGAUUUUGCGCCUCAGGGGAAACCCAGAGGCCCUCUUGGUCAAUCUGCAGAGUGGAAUCCUGACCCUGAGCCUGGUAUGGAUGCUGGAGGUUGCAGAAGUGCCCCCAGGGAAGGCCUUGCCAAGUCCUCGGCUCUUUCCUGUGCUGGAGCCCCGCUGGAAUCCCAGGGGUCUGGAAAAAGGAAAGGAUGCAUCUAGAAGAGGAAAAUACUCACAGAGGUCAGCUCGUGUGAUAAAGGAACUGCUGAAGGAAAUGGAGAAGGCAGCGCGUGGGACUGACCAACAAACUGCACAGGACGCGCUGCAGGAAGGCAGCCAUCCCACGCUGCCAGUCUGGGACAGAGAAACACAGACAGUGCCAACAACUGGCAUGCCAGGGAUGAAUGCUGGGAAAAACACAAGGGCUGCGGUUCAGGAGUUUGUACAAGUGCUCUUCUUCCCAGUGAUUGCACUGCUUUUAACAGUGCUGCUGUCUGCGCUGGUGAUGACUUGUACUGCUGUGUCAUGGAUGUGGCAAAAAUAUCCAGUGUGCAAGAGAGCAGGGACAACUCCAGGACAAGCUCAUCCUGACAGUGUGCGGGAGAGAGGCCAGUCUGGAGGUGAAGGCAGAGCGGAGCUGGGAGAGGCAACAAAAGAUGAUGUAGUUGCCCAAGAAAACAAGAACUUGUACAGCGGAUCCAGCCCGUUCCCCUCCUCCUUUGAAGCAGAGUUUGAAUACCUGUGCAGCAAAAUCCGCACAGACCCUUCACUUUGGCCCACGUGUCCCAGCAGCUCUCCCAUGGACAGUGUCUCUUCCCCAGAUACCCGUGGUUCUUGGGGUUCCCCAUAGCCAUCUAGUGCCCCGGUUACCUGUGUCAGCAUGGCUGGGGUUCCCUGGAAGACCCCACUUUCUGAGUAAUAAAGACACCCUGUGCAAAA